AUGAUGCCAAACCGCAGUCGGAGGAACAUUGCGCUCGCUUGCGAUUCAUGUCGAAGGCGGAAAAUCCGAUGCGAUGGUGUUGAACCUAGCUGCGCCCCCUGCGAGCGGCGUCACUCCCCCUGCCGCUAUCCCGGGAAUCAUAGGAGGCGCCUUGACAACAGGCACAUAUACGCAUCCAAAUCAUUCAAAGAGCAGGGAUUGAUUCCCAACGGCUCCUCUGCAACUAUCCACAGCGAGUCUCUUGGGGCUCCUGUCGGCAUUUCGGCAAGAGCUCAAGAUAACGAGAUUCCAAUCCAUCCUUCAUUUACAAACACAAUGCCGCUGACGGUGAGAAGUCUUCAACCAGAGAUUGAAGAUGAAAGCUCCCAUUCUAUUGCAGAGGGUUUAAACCAGCCACAGCUUACGGCAAUGGGUAUAACAUCUGACCGACCCUCUAGUGUGCCUGAUCAUCGAAGGGAGUUUUUCGGCGAUUCGUCAAUCGCCUCUUUCUUGAAACAAAUCCCAGUCCCUGGAUCAUUACAUCAUAAGACUCUAGGCAGAAGUACAACACUCCCCAACAAAGCAACUCGGAAUCUCAGCCCUCUUGAUCUACCCUCUCGUCCGCUGGCGGACCAUCUUAUGACGAGUUAUUUUGACAAAUUUCACGUUCUCUAUCCCUUCAUCCAUAAGCCGUCGAUCUUGCGUGCUUAUAGGAAUAUUUGGGCCCACGGCACCGUUACAGAUCAAGAGAUACCGCCACCUCGGAUUGGCCUGGGACACCCGGACGUGCAAACCUCGAUAUUUCUUAGUGCCUUGAACAUCAUUAUGGCGCUUGGGUGCCAUUUCGCUCGGCUAGAUCCUACAACAUGUCAAGUAACGUCUGCUGAGCUUUUGCAGCGCUCGCGGAACUGUCUGCAUGACGUUGAUCAAGACGCGGGUGAUCUAGCCCUUGUCCAGACCUUCUUGCUUACUGCGUUCUACCUCCAAGGAGGCCAGUCUCCUUCAAAAUGCUGGAAUGUUAUUGGUCUCGCGUGUAGAAUGGCCCAAGGUCUUGGUAUGCAUUCGCUGAAAGCGGACGAUAGUCGCCAUCCAGCUGAAAUUCAGAUGAGGAGACGAGUUUGGCAUGGUUGCAUUAUGCUAGACCUGGCAAGUAUUAUGAUGUUAGGUCGUCCGCCCAUGAUUCAUGGAUCAGUAGUACCCUUGCCAGAGGCCUUCGAUGACGAAGAUUUGGACCCAUCCACCAGGCAGCCUUACGCAUUGUCUCGACCAACUUCCAAGACGGAGUUUCUUGUACAAACUCUGAAGCUACACAUAAUCUUGAGGAAGGUCCUAUUGGAAGUAUACGAGCGUUGGGAGAACUCAGACGUGAUUGGUACUCAAGCGUAUUUGGACCCCGAGGAUAAUCGCCCUCAAGCCGUGACCAGACUAGAUGCAGAAUUGGUGGCUUUUCUGUCCCAUGUUCCAGCUGCAUUGCAAUGGAAAAAGUCUGCCCUAGUUUCGGGGCCCGCCGAGCAAUUCUCCCGCGAGAGGAUCCUUCUCCAAGCAAGAUUCUUGCAUCUAAGAAUAUUACUUCUCAGGCCGUCCUUAUCCCGACUUUAUCGGGAGAGUCGUUUGUCACAGGAAAAACAUGCUCAAGUGGCAUCAGAAACGCCGCUGGAUGAAAUGAGAAGUCGACUGUCCCGAGACCUCGAUAUGAGCUGUGCAGCUUACUGCGUUGAGACUACGAUUGAGCUGUCACACCUCAUGAAUGAGAGUUCCCAGGCAGAGCUCGCAAGUGUGUGGUGGUACAAUAUAUUCUGUAUGCCUCCGAUCCGCACUAUCCAACCUUGGAAUGCGCCUCUAACCUCUCACUAG